AUGAGUUCUUGUUUCGUACCCAACGGGGCCAGCUUGGAGGAUUGCCAUUCCAAUCUAUUCUGUCUGGCCGAUCUGACUGGGAUAAAAUGGAAGAGGUUUGUGUGGCAGGGCUCUCCCUCUGCGCCCAUCCUGUUCCCAGUGACGGAGGAGGACCCCAUCCUGUGCAGCUUCAGUCGCUGCCUGAAGGCGGACGUGUUGAGCGUGUGGCGGCGCUGUCAGAGGCAAGGCCGCAGAGAGCUCUGGCUCUUCUGGUGGGGAGACGACCCCAACUUCUGCGAGCUUAUCCACCAAGAGCUGGCAGCUGAGGACGACGGGUUGUGGGAAAGUGGCCUGUCGUACGAAUGCCGCACUCUCCUGUUCAAAGCCAUCCACAACCUGCUGGAGCGCUGCCUCAUGAACCGCAGCUUCGUGCGCAUUGGGAAGUGGUUCGUCAAACCGUACGAGAAGGAUGAGAAGCCCAUCAACAAGAGCGAGCACCUAUCAUGCGCCUUCACCUUCUUCCUACACGGCGAGAGCAACGUCUGCACCAGUGUGGAGAUCAACCAGCACCAGCCGGUCUACCACCUGACCGAAGAGCACCUCUCCCUCGCCCAGCAGGCCUCUAGCCCUUUCCAAGUAAUCUUGAGUCCAUUUGGCUUAAAUGGAACACUAACUGGUCAGUCGUUCAAGAUGUCAGACCCUCCCACUAAGAAGCUAAUUGAAGAAUGGAACCAGUUCUAUCCCAUCAGCCCCGGUGCCAAGGAGGGCGGGUCAGAAGAUAAGAUGGAGGACAUGGACUGGGAGGAUGACCCUUUGGCCUCUGUGGAAGUUCUUGUUGGUGGGGUGCAGAUGGUGUACCCGUCCUGCCUGGUCCUCGUGCCUCAGUCAGACCUCCCUGUUAUUGCCCCUGUGGGGUCCUCACACUGCACUGCCGUCUACACGAGUGGCCACCAAGUGCCUGCUUCCCAGAGAGAGCCUGCAAUGUCUUUGGUCACUCUAACCCCUCCCACCUCUCCGGAAGAAACGCCACCAGUGGAAUCCUUCACGGCUCAAAAGUGGGUCAAAAUGACUUCAUCUUCUGAGGCGCUGAGUGUAGACAGAAUGAACCAUCACGGAGGCAAGGUUCCUCGUCGCCUGUCCCAUCAAGUGGUGAAGCGAGUGUGGCAGGAGUGCAAUAUCAACCGAGUGCAGAACAAACGGAAAUACUCUGUUGCAACAAACGGUACCUGUGAUGAGGUGCUGGCUGAGAAACUGGGAAUGUGGGAUUUUGUGGAGCCUUCAAAAAGGUCGCACUGCAGCUGUUCUAGACACAAAUCAGUAAAGCAGCGAACAGGCAGCACCCCGGGUCUAACCCAGUUACCCGGCCAACCCUUACAAACUCCCACAAAGCACAAAGCAGGGGGAGACAAACCAGAGAAAGGUGACAAGCAGCAGAAAAGGCCACAGACGCCUUUUCAUCAUCGCAGUUUGGCCUGUGAGGAGACAUCGAUUGAGAGUGAAGCCACUAUCAACCAGAGGCUAGUUCUUCGAAGCCAGGAAGGAGGAAGAUUCACAAAUAUUCGCCCUGUGGAAGUGCCCAGCAUUCAAAAAGCCUCCCAGCUUCACAAUGGGACAGAACAUGCUAACUCUCCUCCACCCCCACGCCUUAGCCCCCACCCUUGUGAACAAAAUGAGGAGUCUGGGGAGGGUAUGAAGAACUCCUCAUCCCCCAACAGUCAACACUUCUACCAUGCGCCACCAGAGCCUUGCCUUGUGGGAGGGAAAAGUGGCAGUGUGGAGACAUGCGGCCCCGAAAGCCUGAGUCAGCACUUCCAGCACCACAUGCCCUCGGGGGUCCCUUCUUACCUGGACCCUCCAGAGCCUACAGUGUAUAUGGGCUCAGCGGUCAACCUGGAGGUGGACAGCUCCCAUGUUCCGUGGAGGUUCUUUAACCUGCCUCGUAAGAAAGACUCUGAGCCACCAACCCUUCUACUGCCGGGAGACAAGCUGAGAGAUGACACGGCAUCGUCAAUGGACAGCUUAGUGUCAGUUACAGAAUUGAUGUCCACAUCGAAACAUCCACUGAAGAUAUCAGACGAGCGGUUACAGAUGUAUAGGGCCAGGAGAAAUCAGUACCUGUCUGCUGCCUUCAGUGAUGGAGAGCAUGAACCAGAGGAGGAUCCGUAUGCAUUUGAGGAGGGAGACGUUAAGUUCACCUUCAACAAGAGGGAUAAAGCAGGAGAGCGAGAGCCGGGCAAGAAGCAUAAGGGAGAGGAUGACGGGGAGAGUUUAUCUGAUGAUGGCCAAAAAGGGGGAGCAGCUCAAAACCGUGGGGCUCCUACAAGUCUUUUCCACGAAACUGAUCUGGUCGUGUCCCUCAAGGAUCUGGAUAACCUUUUCAACUCAGAUGAAGAUGAUCAAGCUCCUGGUUCCAGACGACCAGGAAACGGAGCUGAUGAGAAAUGUGGGAGUAAGGAGUGUAAACCCUCUCUGGAGCCUGUAUCUUGUAUAAGUUCUGCUGAUCUGCAUCAGAUGUUUCCCACACCUCCUUCGCUCGAGCAACACAUUAUGGGUUACUCUCCCAUGAACAUGUGCAGUAAAGACUACGGCAGCAUGGAGACCAACCCAGGCAUGACCACUUUAGACUGUCUUUCCUCUUUGGGACUUUUUAAGAUUGAGGUGGAAGAGAGCUUCUGCAGCCCUAAGCCAUCUGAGAUCAAGGACUACUCAUUUGUAUUCAAGCCUCAGCUGUGCCAGGCUUUUGUAGGCUGCUCCUUGUUCGCUCCUCUGAAGACACUGCCCAGCCAAUGUUUACCUCCCAUCAAAGUCCCAGACGAGUGUGUUUACAGACCCAGCUGGACCAUGGGCAGAGAGAUGUCUGUCAUGACUUUCAUCAACAAAGACAGUAAUAUCCCGAGUGUGGGAAGCAUGAUGGAGCAGGACUACAAUCCUCAGACUCAAACUCCUUUCAUGUCAAACAGUGCUCCUGCGAGUAAUAGCGGGGCUGGCAUCCUGCCAUCACCAGCCACCCCUCGCUUCUCUGCACCCACCCCAAGAACACCACGCACUCCCAGGACCCCCCGCGGACCCCCCAGUGUCCAGGGCUCAAUGAAAUAUGAGAACUUCGACCUGUACUCUCCAGCCUCCACGCCGUCCACCUGUCGCCCUCUGAACUCAGUGGAACCAGCGACAGUGCCUCCCAUCCCUGAAGCCCACAGCCUAUACGUCACACUCAUACUAUCCGAGUCGGUCAUGAAUCUUUUCAAAGACUGUAACUUUGAUAGUUGCUGCAUUUGUGCCUGUAACAUGAAUAUCAAAGGAGCUGAUGUUGGGGUCUAUUUGAGUGACCCAAAAGGAGAGCCUCAGGAAACAUGCACGUGUGGCUUCAGCGCCAUAGUCAACAGGAGGUACGGCAACGAUUCAGGCCUUUUUCUGGAGGAUGAAUUAGACAUCAUCGGGCGGGGGUCUGAUGCUAGUCGAGAAGUAGAGAAGAGGUUUGAAGAGUUGCGGUUGUCGUCGCCUGAGGGAUGUGGCAUGGCGAGAGGAGAGCGUGUCCCGAACGAGCUGGUCAGCCUCGUGCAGGAGCUAUGCACCAAUCCUUUUUCACCCAUCUCCAUCCUGGAGGAAGACGUUGCCACGAGGAGCUUUACCAGGACGUCUUGUCAGAGAGUGGAGGAGAGGGACUACCGUGGAGACUGUUAUAUGGCCUUAGAACGUGGAAAGCAAUUUAUGGACAACAUGUCAGGGGGCAAAGUGGAUGAGGCACAAGUGAAGGGUACAUGUCUGCACCACUGGGCCAAGCAAAAUGUUGUAGACGUGAACUCGUUAUGCUCUCAGGAUGUACUGAGGGUACUGAUGUCGCUUCAGCCUGUUCUACAAGAUGCCAUUCAGAAGAAGAGGACAGUGCGGUCGUGGGGUGUCCAAGGCCCUCUCACCUGGCAGCAGUUUCACAAGAUGGCUGGAAGAGGGUCCUAUGGCACUGACGAGUCCCCGGAGCCCUUGCCUGUCCCCACCUUCUUAGUGGGCUACGAGUACGACUUUGUGGUCUUGUCUCCAUUCUGCCUGCCCUACUGGGAGAAGCUGUUACUGGACCCUUUUGGCUCCCAGCGGGACGUCGGGUACCUGGUGGUUUGUCCAGACAACGAGGCUCUGCUCACUGGUGCCAAAAGCUUUUUCAGAGAUCUCACUGCUGUUUAUGAGUCUUGCCGGCUGGGCCAGCACCGACCCAUUUCAAAAGGUUACGCAGAUGGAAUUGUUGUUGUUGGUGGCACAGCAGCUAAGAAUCUUUCGGACCAGCCAGUGAGCGACUGGUUUCUGAAGGGUUCCAGCAACAACAGUGAUGCUUUUAUCAGGCUUAAACUCUAUGCACAAGUUUGUCGCCAUGACCUAGCUCCAUACCUUGCAUCACAGUCUCUGGAUGGGUCCCUCCUCACACAGCUUUCUCCUGCCUCAUCUCAGACAGGAUCCACACAACAGUCUAGCUCCUCCUCCAGCCAGCAGGGCCCUAAUAACGGCAGCAGCAGCAGUGCACUAGGAAACAGCUCAGCAUCAUCAAACUCCCAGAAUUCCUCAGGCCUGUCUGGCAAUGGCACCACAUCUGUCAAGCCAAGUUCCUAUUCCCUUUUUGGGAGCAUGGGUACUCAGGUCCAGGGAAGUGGUUCCCAGAGUGGACAGCUGGGACAGCAGGCUGGGGCUCAGAACACUGGCCCCUCUGGCGACAACUCCAGCAGCCAGAGUCAGGCAUCCACUGAGCCUCCCGAAAGCACUUUGGAACGGGAAAAGGUUGGCGUUCCAACUGACGGGGAAUCCCAUGGCAUCACAUAUCCCCCUGCCAUUGUGGUUUACAUUGUAGACCCUUUCAGUUAUGAGGAGGCAGACAGUGGUACAGGCGCAGUGCCAGGUCACUCGAGUGUUUGGACUCUGGGCUUGCUCCGCUGCUAUUUAGAAAUGCUUGACUGCCUUCCCCCUCACAUUCGCAAUGCUGUUUCUGUUCAGAUUGUGCCCUGUCAGUAUUUGCUACAGCCAGUUCUAAGUAAAGAUCGUCAUCUGUAUGCCCAGCACCUCAAGUCUUUGGCCUUUAACGUGUUCGCCCAGUGCAGACGACCACUGCCCACCUCCACACAUGUGAAGUCUCUGACCGGCUUUGGCCCUGGCUUAGCCAUCGAUACAGCCCUCAAGUCCUCAGAGAGGCCAGAGUGCAUACGCCUUUACACCCCUCCCUUCAUCUUAGCACCAGUGAAGGACAAGCAGACGGAGCUCGGGGAAACCUUUGGUGAAGCAUCACAGAAGUAUAACAUCCUGUUUGUGGGAUACUGUCUGUCACAUGACCAGCGCUGGCUCCUGGCUACAUGCACAGACCUCUACGGGGAACUCCUGGAGACCUGCACCAUAAACAUUGAUGUACCCAAUAGGGCACGGAGGAAAAAGGGCUCAGUCAGGAGAUUGGGUCUACAGAAGCUUUGGGACUGGUGCUUGGGUCUUGUGCAGAUGACGUCAGUGCCGUGGAGAGUGGUGAUUGGACGACUGGGCAGGAUAGGACACGGCGAGUUAAAAGACUGGAGCAUUCUGCUGAGUCGGAGGAACCUCCAGUCCUUGAGCCGCCGAUUAAAAGAAAUGUGCCGAAUGUGUGGUAUCUCUGCCUCAGAUACUCCCAGCAUUCUCAGUGUGUGUCUUGUCGCUAUGGAGCCACAAGGAUCAUUUAUUAUCAUGCCAGACUCUGUUUCAACGGGUUCAGUGUUUGGUCGAAGCACAACUCUGAAUAUGCAGCUCAACACACCCCAGGACACCUCCUGCACUCAUAUCCUCGUCUUCCCGACCUCUGCCUCGGUUCAACUGGCCAACACAAACUACACCAACAUUGACCCCAACCUGGAUAUCCUCAAUGCCACCAAUGAUGGUUCUGAUGCUAUUGGAAUAUUUGACCUGAUAGAACAAGAAACUGACUUGGUUGAUCCAGACAUUAUAAUCUCCCCAACCAACUCCCCAGUCCACUCCCCGGGGGGAUCUCAUUACCAUCACGGUGGAGACGGUAGUAAGGGCCAAAGCACAGAUCGUAUGGAGACACAUGAAGAGGUCCCUUUCCUCCUACAACAGCCACUGGCCCUUGGAUAUUUUGUAUCAACAGCCAAAGCUGGGCCACUACCUGAUUGGUUCUGGUCAGCCUGUCCACAAGCUCAAAACCAAUGUCCACUCUUCCUUAAGGCCUCGUUGCACCUCCACGUGUCUUCAGUGCAAUCAGAUGAACUACUACACAGUAAACACUCCCACCCCCUUGACUCCAAUCAGACCUCAGAUGUACUCAGAUUUGUUCUGGAACAGUACAACGCCCUCUCCUGGCUGACAUGUGAUCCAGCAACACAGGACCGGCGUUCGUGUUUACCCGUUCACUUUGUGGUGCUCAAUCAGAUGUACAACUUCAUCAUGAACAUGUUAUAA